UACACCUCUUCUUUUGAGCGCCUCCUUUGUCCAAUCACUCUAAAAACCCUAAACCCUCAAUUUGAAAACCCAUAACCCAUCCUUCAUCAGCUAGCUUCAGGUUUCCUUCAAUCCGUCUCUCUCUCUCUCUCUCAAAAAUGGCGACCUCCGUGUUGCUCAGAUCGAUCAGGCGCCGCGAUCUUUCCUCUUCUCCUAUCUCUGCUUACAAAUACCUGACUGGAAAUGCCACCACAUGGUCAACAUCACGUAUGGGACAGAAAUCGGCUAAUUUAGUCAGACCAUUUAGUUCAAAGCCUCUUGGAGAUGACAUUAUUGGAAUUGACUUGGGUACAACCAACUCAUGUGUUGCUGUCAUGGAAGGCAAGAAUCCAAAAGUAAUUGAAAAUGCUGAGGGGUCUCGAACCACUCCAUCUGUGGUUGCCUUUUCUCAAAAGGGAGAGCUUCUUGUUGGUACUCCUGCUAAGCGCCAAGCAGUGACCAACCCUACAAAUACUGUCUUUGGAACCAAGCGACUUAUAGGAAGAAAAUUUGAUGAUGCCCAGACACAAAAAGAAAUGAAGAUGGUGCCUUACAAGAUAAUCCGUGCUCCUAGUGGAGAUGCUUGGGUUGAAGCAAAUGGGCAGCAGUAUUCUCCAAGUCAAGUUGGGGCUUUUGUACUCACUAAGAUGAAAGAAACUGCGGAGGCUUACCUUGGAAAAACUGUUGCUAAAGCUGUUGUAACUGUCCCAGCCUAUUUCAAUGAUGCACAGAGGCAAGCCACAAAAGAUGCCGGUAGAAUUGCAGGUCUUGAUGUGCAAAGGAUAAUUAAUGAACCCACAGCUGCUGCUCUUUCAUAUGGCAUGAACAACAAAGAGGGUCUCAUAGCCGUAUUUGACCUUGGAGGAGGGACUUUUGAUGUUUCCAUACUCGAGAUAUCCAAUGGUGUUUUUGAGGUGAAAGCAACAAAUGGUGAUACUUUCUUAGGAGGGGAAGAUUUUGACAAUGCCCUCUUGGAGUUCCUUGUGAGUGAAUUCAAAAGAACAGAGGCAAUUGAUCUGACAAAAGAUAAACUUGCAUUACAACGUCUAAGAGAAGCUGCUGAGAAAGCAAAAAUUGAGCUAUCGUCAACUGCUCAGACUGAGAUCAAUCUACCAUUCAUAACGGCCGAUGCUUCUGGUGCUAAGCAUUUAAAUAUCACUUUGACCAGAUCAAAGUUUGAGAGCUUGGUGAACAACUUAAUCGAAAGGACGAAAAACCCAUGCAUAAACUGUCUGAAGGAUGCUGGCAUCACUAUCAAGGAAGUUGAUGAGGUUUUGCUUGUGGGAGGAAUGACCCGUGUUCCUAAAGUGCAAGAAGUUGUGGCUGCUUUGUUUGGUAAGGCUCCUAGCAAAGGGGUUAAUCCUGAUGAAGCUGUUGCAAUGGGGGCUGCCAUUCAAGGUGGUAUUCUUCGUGGAGAUGUUAAGGAACUUCUGCUUCUUGAUGUCACUCCGCUUUCACUUGGUAUCGAGACUUUGGGUGGUGUGUUCACUAGGUUGAUCAAUCGUAAUACAACUAUUCCUACUAAGAAAAGUCAGGUAUUCUCAACAGCCGCCGACAACCAAACUCAAGUGGGUAUAAAGGUGUUGCAAGGCGAGCGAGAGAUGGCUUCCGAUAACAAGAGUCUAGGUGAAUUUGAUCUUGUUGGUAUUCCACCAUCUCCCAGAGGCAUGCCUCAAAUAGAAGUAACUUUCGAUAUCGAUGCAAAUGGAAUUGUUACAGUUUCUGCCAAAGACAAGACAACAGGUAAAGAACAACAAAUCACAAUUCGUUCCUCAGGAGGCCUUUCUGACGACGAAAUAGAAAAAAUGGUUAGAGAAGCUGAAAUUCAUGCCCAAAAGGAUAAGGAAAGAAAAGCACUAAUUGAUCUUAAGAACAAUGCGGAUACAACAAUCUACAGUAUGGAGAAGAGUUUGAAUGAGUAUAGGGAUAAGAUUCCGGGGGAAGUAGUUUCUGAGAUUGAGUUGGCUAUUGCUGAAUUGAGGAGCUCCAUGGAAACUGAAAAUGUUGAUGAGAUUAAAGCUAAGCUUGAAGCUGCUAAUAAAGCUGUUUCGAAGAUUGGAGAGCAUAUGACCGGAAAAUCUGGUGGUGGUGGUGGCGCCGGCGGCGAUGGCGAGUCGUCCUCUAGUGAAGGAGGAGGAUCCAAGACUCCUGACGCCGAGUAUGAGGAGGUAAAGAAGUGAAGUUUGCAUUACAUGUAAACAGUUAUUAGUUAAUAUACUUAAUUAUUCAUUCCUCUCUGGUCACAUUUUGAAAAGAAAACAAACAAUGAAUGUAGCUUUUCAGAGAUUUUCUAUUGAAAUUUUGGUAGAAGAGAUUUUUAGCUCGUCUGAUUAUUUGAUGAUAUAUUCAUCAUACCUUCAGUGCUUGCUAUUUUGUUAUGGAGAUCCUGAUGGCAAUAAAAAAGGCAAAGUCCUUUUUGUGUGUGGC